CGUGAGCGAUUUCCAUUGAAUGACAGCUUCACGUCGAGACGCGCGGUGUUGUGGGAAAAUAAUCGCAAAAAUUACCACCUACAGUGGCCGAGUGCGGGCGCAAAAGGACACCAAUCGUGUAGUGCACGCGCUGGUGUGUCGAUUGAGCGUACUUCCGGGGUGCUCACCUGUGGCGAGAGCUGGGAAAAAUGUGUGAUAAAGUGGUGAACUUCGACGGCUGAUAAUCGAUCUCAAUUUCAUCGCUGGCUCCGGUUGACAAAAAAACACAUCGGCAUUCGGGGCUCGAGAGUGGCGAAAAGGCAGGCGGCGCUUCUGUUUUCCACCACCGUUUUCAUCUCGUGCGAUCGCGGAAGCCGCGCGGCGCCCCCGCGAGACAGCGUCGGCCGCGGAGCCCCCCGGUUUUUCGGCAAGAGUUUUGUGCGGCGACAGGGGGAGCGCGCGCCCCCCGCCCCACACACACGCUCCCGAGAGGAAAAUCUCCGUGGGCGAGAGAGCGAGCGAGGAGCUGGAAUUUAUUGACCCCGCCGCAAACGCAGAUGACACACUGCGGUUAAUGCGAGAGGAGUAAGAGAUUAUUAAGGAGUGAAGAGACAAAGACAGUGAAGUGGACAAAAAGAACAAGACGAUAAUCGCGUUGAGGAGGGAAAAUUGAAUAAUCCAAUUAAUAAUUGAGUUUGAUAGUGAAUGUGAACAGGGGGAAAAGCGAUCGAAGAGUGGUUUGUUUGGGGCGCUUUUUGGACAACUUGCAAUACGCGGUGUUUGUUUUUUUUCCUUGGCGUUUUCGGUAGUGAUUCUCUCUCUCGCUCUCUGUGGUUGUUGUUGUUGGAUUGUGCCAGAGCCAGAGAGAGGCGCAGUGUUUUGUGUGUUUAGAUGGAGAAAAUGGAGGUCGACGACGUGGUCGAUUUGAGCAUUGCAUCGGGCCGUGACGCGUCGCUGACGAUAACUCAGUCCACGGCACGUGAUUUGCGCGCUUUGACACAGAAUUCGGGAUUGACUAUAACACCAGCACCGCCGCCGCCGCCAGUCAUCCCUGGCAUUUCGGUGGGUGUCAGUUCUGGUGGUGGCGCUCCUGGGAACAAUAGCAGUGGAACAGCAUUCGCCACCUCGGCUUCGUCCUCCGUGGCUCCGGAUAAUGCAGCAGCAGCAGCAGUGGUUGGGCACGAUGCAAAUCGAACGAGACGUGUUCUGCGUCCCCGCACGGAGCCCCGCUCAUAUGCCGAGAGUCCGGACAUCGUGCUGCUGCCGGCUAAAAUAAAUGGUCGUCAACAGAAUGGGAAUAUCGAUUCGGAGACAGAUGACGAUGAUGAUGAUGAGGAAAUGCCACCCAUUUAUCCGAUAAAGGAGCUCACGGCGGCCGAACUGUGGGAGAGAGAGCGCGGCCUGAGGAAGCUGAGGGAGGAGUUGCGUAAUGAGGAGACAAAGCUGGUGCUCCUCAAGAAGUUGAAACAAUCACAGCAGAUGAUGAAGGAGAAUUUGAUUGUGACACCGACAAAUCUACCAAAUGCAAACAAUCCACUUGCAGCCAUUCCGGCGGCACUCACAAAGGGCACACUCAGCGUCACAACCACCACGGCCAUCCCAUUGCCGGCGCACAACAAGAAUCGCUCAGCUAUUCUCAGAGGACAACCGACUCCAGGGAGAACCACUUCGGUUCUGCCACCGCCGCGGACUGCGGCGCUCCCGGGCGGAGCCACCCUGACGCCCGGACCGCCGCACCGCUCGUCGCUGGGACACGCGAGAACCAAUUCGAAUCUCACGAUAACUCCAUCGGUGACAAUUACACCCACGAGUGCACCGCCGGCAGGAUCAAAGCCACGCAAUCUCACUGUUUCGGAUAAUUCGAAGGUGCCAACGGGCAGUAUCAGCAGUUCAGUGUCCAUUACACCUGCACCGUCUUUACCUUCUAAUUCAGGAGACCAGGUAGCAAAGAGUGAUCGAUCGACGCCGCGCGAUGACGGACAGACGCCAGCACAGAGGCAAGCAGCGGCCAAAUUGGCACUGCGGAAACAACUGGAGAAAACACUCCUUCAGAUUCCACCGCCAAAACCGCCGCCGCCAGAAAUGCACUUCAUCCCAAAUCCGAGCAAUACUGAGUUCGUGUACUUGCUCGGACUGGAGCAUGUUGUGGACUAUCUGACCAAGGACAAGAAGGGUCCGAUGACAUCGCAACCCUUUCGCUGUGCACAGUGCAAAAUCGAUUUCACACCUGUUUGGAAAUGGGAGAAACAGGGUAAAAGAGGAAAUGAUGCUACUUUUGUCAAAGACAUUUCAGCUGGAAAGGAUCCAAAAGUCAUCUGUGAGCAGUGUGUCACGACAAAUGUGAAGAAGGCGCUGAAGGCGGAGCACACGAAUCGCCUGAAGACGGCGUUCGUGAAGGCGCUGCAGCAGGAGCAGGAGAUUGAGCAGCGUCUCUCCACGCAGAGCAGUCCGUCACCUGUUGAGACGCACGCGGCCAGUGUUGUGAAUUCUGUGGCGCCGCCGCCACCACCACCGCCGGGUCCGGUGCCGAGCAAAUCGCAGACUCCGACGCCGUCAGCGACGCCCACGCCUCGACCCACUCCGACACCCCCAAGUCAGCCGACGCCGCCGCCGGCAAGUUCAAGUCGAUCCUCCAGACAUGACUCUCAAUCGUCGAGUGCAUCGCAAUUCGACAAAUUUCCAGCCGCCCAGCUUGGUGCUUUCAGUAAUCUUGCCAAUUUGAGUAGUUUAGGAAAUCUGGGUAAUCUGGGAAAUUUGGGCAAUCUCGGAAAUCUGGGCAACCUUGGAAAUCUCGCAAAUCUUGGCAAUUUGGCCAACACACCAACGGCGGCAGCGAUGCAAGCUCUUCAGCAGCAGAUCUUCAGAAGUUUGCAACAAGGACUCGCGGCGGGAAAUAUUCCAAGCCACAUGAUGCAGUUUACACCCUUCCUGUACUCCUAUCAAUUCUUAAUGGCACAAGCGGCUCAAGCAGCAGCUGCUGGCAAGAACGCCAGUUUGGCGGACAUCCAGAGAGCUGCCGACUUGAGGCAAUUCUUCAUGGACAUGAACUCACCUCAGCCGCCUGGCCCGAGCAACAAUCGCCAGAACAACUGGAAGACAUAAGCAAGUGAGCGCGCUGUGUUGAUAUGUUGAUCAAGUGAGAGAAGAUUUGUCUUAGGAUUCUUUCUUUCCUAUUAAUUAGUUCUCGAUUUUUAAGUAAUGGUUUCGUUAGACACUUUCCCUUCUUCGUUUUGUUUAAAUUAAAGAAAGAGAGAGAAGAAAACUGUGCGCCAGAGAAGAGAUUCUCUUGGUGUUUUGCUCGGAAGAAUGAAAGCAAAGUGCUUUUUUUUGGACUUUUUACAUGUUCUCGUGCGCAAAAAUUUUUGUUAUUGGAGAAGUUUUGAGAAGAAAAGCUCAUUUCUUUGAAAUCCUUUUUUGUAAAAUAUUGUCGUAAUGAGAGAAGUGAAAGAAUAUAUUGAGAAAUGAGAGAAUCAUGUGAAAAUAUGAGUAUUUAUAUGCCCAAUUCUUUUGGGAGGAGAGAAAAAGGAAAAGGAGGUGAAAAUGAAGAUAUAAAAUACAAUGGAAGAUGGGAACACAAAAUUACAUUUUUGCACAGUAGAUUUUUCCUAUAAUUUCCCCCUUUUUUUAAAAUUAGUUUGUCAUAAUUUAUGGUAUUAUUUUUGUUUAAGGAUUACAACAAAAAAAAUGUGUUGCGAAUGCGAAACGAUUGAGAGACAUUGAAGAAAAAAGAAAACUUUCAAGUUCUGUUUUAGUUGCUCUUUGUUUUUGUGUUAAAACCUUUCUUUCGCGUGAAACCGGAUGAUAAAAUAUUUGUAGAUGAAAAACUUGUGAUAACGAUGAAACAAAUGCAGCAAAUUUUGAUUUUUUUUUUAAAUGGUUGUUCCAAGAAAUUCCUUUCAAAUAACGCUAAACUUUGUACACAUUUUUGGGGUUGAAGCCAGAAAGAGAGAGAGAAAGACGGAGAAAGUGAAGUAGAUUUAAUAGAGGAAACCUAAAGAGAAGCUACAAGAAAAAUGGGUGAGAAAAAUAGAUAAAAGAAAAUUGUGUAUGAUAGGAAAAUAAACUGAUAAAGAGUAAAAUAGACAUUUUGUAGACAUAGUCACGUCAAUUAUAUUGAAAAUUCGAUGAUAGAAAACACAGAGAGAAAUAAUUUCAGUGCAUUUUUAUUUGGAACUGCAUUCUUUUGUCGUUUUCGUUUAUUAUUUUUCUUUAAUUGGAAUUUUGCAGAUUAAAAUUGAUUUUGAAGACAACAAGAACAAAAAAAAAAGGGUAAAGAAAAUUAUUAGCAAAAAAAAGUUCACGUGAAAAAAAAAUUUAACCGAAAACACCGAUAAAACUAAAUUUAACAUGGAAUUGAGUGUCUUUGUUAACAAAUUUAUAAAGAAAAAAAAAACAAGUGAAAAUUAAGAGAGAGGGUAAAAAAAGGCGAAAAAAAUACACUUAAUAUAUUAGAUAAAAAUGACACCUUUUUUUUGGCAACAAAAAAGAGUAAGAGAAUUAGAGAUAAAUCCGCGUAAGUGAACAUGAACCACUGUAAAUAUUGAUGGUUAGUUUUUAAGGCAAUUUUAUCGGUAUAAAUGAGUGAAAGAAAGAGAGGAAAAAGUGAAAAAUCUCCAUCGAAAAGUUUUUUAAAGCUGUAAAUACUACAAUCUUUUUUGUAUUUUGACUGAAAAGAAUAUUUAGAAGCAUUCAAAGCAAUUUCAAUAAGGCAAGAAAAAUAGAAAGAAAGAAAGAGAAAUUAUAGCAAAUCACGAAAAGAAGAGAAGAGAAGAGAGAAAAGAAAGGAGUUGAAGAAGAAAUCUAUAAUGAAAAAUUAUCACCGCUCUUUUGUCAUAAAGAUGGAUUUUAAGGUAUAAAAGUAAGGACAGUAUAAAAUAAUCAAUUAAAAAGGAAAAUUAAUAUUUAAGGCUAGAGUGAAUUGAAUGCGUGCGUGAUCUUUUCUUUUUUGUAAUGAGAGAUAAAAAAAAAUCACUGAGAUGAAAAAUCACACUGAAAAUUCCUACUAUGUAAAUUUCAGCAUGAAAAUGAACUUAACAUUUUCACAGACUUUGUCUUCUUGCAAGAGACAGAAACUAAUAUAAUAAAAUGUGGAGAGAAAAUAGUUUAAGAAGUGAACUAAAA